GAGCCGCCAAAGGCAAUCCAUCUCUCUCCUCCAAAGUAACUGUUUUUAUGUUUUUGAUCAUCAAAAACCCUAAUUCUCUCUCUCUACACAUCACAGCAGAGAGAAAGUACACGUGGCAGUCUCCACAGAAGAGAGAGAGAAUCGUGGGGGAAGAAGUUGGGGGUUUCUCGCCCAUUAAUUAGCUACUAAUUCCAUAACUGAUUCCUUAAUUCUCUCUCUCUCCUCUCUCUCUCUCUCCUAUAUCUUAUGGAUGAACAGAGGAAGUUGAAUCUCACUCACAUUUCAACUUUCAAAGUUAGUUUGUUUAGUUUCUUUAUCCCUUUUUUGUAAUAUUUUCUGACCCAAAAUUUUCUCUUUUUCUUCCCCAAUUCUCUUCUCUUCUCUUCAAUGGCGGCUCUCAGCUUUUACUCCAAUUUCUGCUCCGAUCCCCUGUUUUUCUCCCCCGACUUCUCGCCGGAGCUUUUCUAUCUAACCCCAACUCUGCCGCAGCUCCUCCCCGACCCCGCCUUCGAUUACUUCCCCACCGCCGUCGACAACACUGUCUUUUUCCCGCCGUUACUCGACGACGACGCCUCGUCGUCGUUCUUCUUCUCCGACGUCUAUCCCUACUUCUCUGCUCCUGCCAUUGCCGAUUGCUUCGUUCCCGUCUCCACCGAAUUCUUCCCGUCUGAUGAAUUUGAGCUACAUUGCCCCAAACGCCAGAGGAUCGUGUCGGAGCAGAAUUUCGGUUACGGUGGCAGUGGCGGUGGCGGAGGUGGAGGAUACUUUCCUCCUCUGCCGGAGUUGCUUCCGGUGCCGUGGGACGACAAAAUGAACAAUGCUGAAACGAUGAAUGCUGGCACUUGCUUGAAGAGUAAACAGUCCCCGAGUAACACGUUAUCGGCGCAGACGAUCGCAGCCCGGGAGCGGCGGAGGAAGAUAACGGCAAAGACGCAGGAGCUCGGCGAGCUGAUUCCGGGGGGGAACAAGAUGAACACUGCUGAAAUGCUGCACUCUGCAUUCAAAUAUGUCAAAUUCUUGCAAGCCCAAGUGGGGAUUCUGCAACUUAUGCAAGAAACAGAGCAAGUAAAAGAAGAAAAAGAAGAAGAAGAAGAAACAGAGGAGCUGCAGAUUCUUGAAUCCGCCAUGGUUCAAGAGAAGCUCUACGCAGAAGAAAAGUGUUUGGUUCCAAAAGGGUUCGUCCAAAAUCUUGCAAAUUUCCCAGAGAUUCAAUCGCAUCCGUCCAUUUUCAACUCCAUCAAUCAGAUGCUUCAUAUGCAGUAACAGAGCUUUCUUCUGUCAGUUUCUGU